GGAGUGGAGGCGGGAGUGAAGUCUCGCGAGAAGAGGGUGGUUGCCGUAGCGGAGUCCUCUGACUGUGUGUGUGUCUGUGUCUGUGUCUGAGGAGCCGCCGCCGGAGCCGCGGACGGUUUGCUGAGCCCGUUACUGCCCCUGGCCAAGACUCGCGCCGCCGUCAUGUCCCGCUACCUGCGCCCCCCCAAUACGUCUCUGUUCGUCAGGAACGUGGCCGACGACACCAGGUCUGAAGAUUUACGGCGUGAAUUUGGUCGUUAUGGUCCUAUAGUCGAUGUGUAUGUUCCACUUGAUUUCUACACUCGACGGCCAAGAGGAUUUGCUUAUGUUCAAUUUGAGGAUGUUCGUGAUGCUGAAGAUGCUUUACAUAAUUUGGACAGAAAAUGGAUUUGUGGACGUCAAAUCGAAAUACAGUUUGCACAGGGAGAUCGAAAGACACCAAAUCAAAUGAAAGCCAAGGAAGGGAGGAAUGUGUACAGUUCUUCGCGCUAUGAUGAUUAUGACAGAUACAGACGUUCUAGAAGCCGAAGUUAUGAAAGGAGGAGGUCAAGAAGUCGGUCUUUUGAUUACAACUAUAGAAGAUCUUAUAGUCCUAGAAACAGUAGACCGACUGGAAGACCACGGCGUAGCAGAAGCCAUUCCGACAAUGAUAGAUUCAAACACCGAAAUCGAUCUUUUUCAAGAUCUAAAUCCAAUUCAAGAUCACGGUCCAAGUCCCAGCCCAAGAAAGAAAUGAAGGCUAAAUCACGUUCUAGACCAAACUGCAGCUGGAAUACCCAGUACAGUUCUGCUUACUACACUUCAAGAAAGAUCUGAAAGCGGAAAAAGAACCAAAGAAGGGCAGUUCAAGCGACCAAAGGGUGGGUGGAAGGUGCUGCAGUAUGAAUACUGUACGAAUAUUUUGACUCUGGUCUGAAAAGAUAAAAGAAUUAUCGAAAACUACAUGGAAUAAUUGAAGUCCCUUCGAGUUUGAAAGUAAGCAUUUUAGGACAAAUAAAAGGAAAUUCAACUUUGUACUUGUGGAAACUAAUCCCUAAAUAUGAACAGGUUUAUAUUGAUUCAUGGGUAACAGGUCCAUAAUAAAUUACUGGAAACUAGGAUGUCUGAAUAUCAAGGAAGACAGCCAUAGUCUCUUACAGUGCCUCUAUUGGUCUGUCUCAAACUGAAUUGGGUGGGAAAAGGUAUGGUCCAAUAUAAACUUUUUCUUGGUUAUCUCUUAAAAGUCAGUUCCAUUUAUGCCAUUAUUGGCACGUCUUGCCUUUGUUUAUUCUGGUGCCAGUGUUUUCUGCUUGUUUGCUUUGUUGCCAUCUGAGUUUAUUUACUUGUACCACAUGCAGUUUACAUCUUCUUUAACCACUCUCUUUCCCAGGUAAAUUCCAAUUAUACUUGACAUCCAACUGAGAGGGCCCAUCUCUUCUCACCUCUUUCAUAGUCAGUAUGUUCAGCAAAUAUUUAUUGAGCCCUUAUCAUGGGCAAAGCAUUGUACUGGAUAAUUGGGGAAAGAAUGAUUAAUAAUUCCUUUAUUCAAUAAAUGUCUACUGAGCACAAUCUAGUGAAUUGUUAUAAUAUGGCCUUGUUUUGAGGUGUAUUAUAACAAUAUUUUACACCAUUCAUAUCCUAAUAUAAUUAUAAAACCCAGUAUACUAUCAAAGAUAAGUAAUUUUCUGGUUUUCUGCCUUUUACAAGUAUCUAUUUGUUUGCAUCCCAUUAAUACAAAUAAUGAAAAAUGUUUUAACUUGUAAUAAACUGAUUUAUUGUGUAGUGACUGUAAUAUACUACUUACUAAAUUGUUAACUCUGCCUCAAUCACACACAUAAGGAAGUAAUCCCAAAAAUAAAUAUUUAAUUUUGCAUUAGCUAUAAAGGAGAUCCUGGGUGCUAUAAUUAGAUUAUUUGGAGGCAGACAGCUGGUACCCCAGCUGAUUUAGUAUGUUCUGUAAUUGAAAAAAUGUUCACCAAAUUAUACUUCUUAGUCAUUUACGUGUACAUCUUACAGGGGACAUGUUCUGUGUAUAGUGAAUAAAUACCUUUUGUAGUGUCACAAAAUGUUUUGGAUUCCUUAGUUCCUUAUUAGGAUAUAAAGUUUAUCAUAUUGAUUCCCUCACAUUUAAUUUUCAUCUUGAAAUCUGGAAAUGGAAUUUAAGCCUUUAAAUUUAAAAGAAUUUUGAAAAUAUGGUAGAAUAUACAAGCCUGAAAGGAGGUCUAAAAUUGAGGUAUUUUUAUCCCUAUAAAAAUUUUGUUUUAACUUGCCCAGGCACUUAAGUUUCAGGUUAGAGUCCAUAAAUUCUGACUUGAUUGAUUUUUGUUGGAAAAUGUUCUUAAAGCAGCUUUAUUUUCAAGAAGAUAAAAAGUGAUAAUGGAAUGUAGAGUUUGCUUCAAGUAAAGAUUACAGAUUUGAGUUCUUAUACCCUUACAUAAUUUUAUCAUUAGUGUUGAACAUUGAAUUGGUAAUUCUUAAGGGUAGAGGUCCUGUGUGAUCUUUCAAAACAGUAUCUGUAGUUCCUGCGUGUUUUGUCCUCUACCUCCCUCUCCAUUUCCUUUUGAAUUGAUGGGUUCCAGGGAGUAGAAUUAAGUUGCAUAUUUGGUUGAGAUUUUCCUUUAUAAAAAAAAAAAAAUUAGUGGCCACAUAACCUCUCUUAUUUUACUAGUCUUUGGUUUUGUUAAGUCCAUGUGGUUUGGGCUCCUGUUGAAUUACAGUGCAUUGUUAUAUGUGAUUGUUCCCAUAUAAUAUUAAAAACUUAUCAAUAUCAUCAAGUACCUAAUUUGCCAAACCAUAUGCUUGUCAUAUACUGCUGCUUAAUCCCAAAAACAUACCUGGAAAAUGAAUACUAUACCCAUUUUGCAGGUGAGAAAAAGUUGUCAAUUUACAGAACACCUUCCAUGUGAUAUAAUUUUGCAUACCCGGCUUCAUUUCUCAAUUUUGUAAUAUAAUGGUAACUUUUAUAAAUUAGAUUGCUAUAUCUGACAGGCUCUGUGGGUCAGACUCAUCAUAGCCUGACUUUCCAAGUUCCAGUCUCAAAACAGGUUUUUUCAUUGUAUUUUAUUUUUCCAUGUCCCAGGAUUAUAUUUUGAAAUGGGAACGCUGUGACUUGAGCAAUAGUUUGGAAUUAAUGACAUCCUACUAAGAGGACCUUUGGGGCUUUUAGGAAUCCCAGGUGUGAACAAUACUCAUUUUUUAAAUAGUGAUGACUUAAUAGGUGAAGUAAGCAACCUGUUUAUCUUCAGCUGUUGACAUCUGUAAGACAUUCUGCUAGUCCUGGAAAAGGUGCCUUCUGGGGUCUUUUCCUCUACCCGUUCUUCCAACAGUGUUGGUUAUCUUUAUGAUGUUCUGUGUAUUUGUAAAGCAGUUUCACCCUUGUGUUAAAAGAUGGAGUUUUUUUUUUUCUUUUGGAAUAAAAAGUAAGGCAUGUAAAUUCAUUUCAUUGAUAACAGUAGUUUGUAAAGAAGUAAAAGGCCUUUGUAUCUAGUUUUUGCAGAUCACAUUUCUUUGAAUGCUGGAGAGUGAAAUAAUAAACUGGUCUAGGAGCCAACAAA